ACAAUCUUCAUCUUUACCGGUGCAUACAACCACUACUGCACACUGUACCGGUCAAGAAGAUACAGUUGUACGAUCUUCUGCACCUCCUCAGGUAGCAUGGGAUGAGGAUGAAGAGGAUGAAGACGAGGACUAUGUGGACAGCGAAGAUGAGGGAGAACCUGAAAGUGCUAUUCCAGAAGGUGAUUCGUCAGACACUGACGUGGACGGUAAUUUUGAGGCUGACAUGAGCGCCGUAAGUCUCGGUACCCCAGCCUUGUCACCACUUCAUGUCGACCCAGUCAGUAGUGAUGCAGGGUCUGAGGAGCCAUUCUGGAAUGAAAGCCAACAUUAUUCAUUCAUUAACUGGGCGCACCCUAAUGACGAGUUGGAGAUCCUAUAUGGCGAUGAUGACUUGCACGGAGGUUGGAAGUUAGGAGAUCCGUUAUUUGUGCAACAAGAAUUUGGGUCCAAACCAGAAUUGCAACAUGCUGUGAAGAUACAUUGUAUGAAGGGGCGCAGGACAGCCAUAGUUGAAAAAAGCGACGAGUCAAGAUUUGUUAUGAAGUGUAAAAACCAUGCUGACGGUUGUCCCUGGUAUAUGAGGGCAAUUAAGCCGAAGAAGGGAGCUAACUGGGUGGUACGUAAAUGGGGUCAAGGUCACACAUGCCUAAAUCAAGGCCUAGCACAGGAUCAUAGACAGUUGGAUUCAAAUGUCAUUUGUGCGGCUAUAAUGAGUAUGUAUUCCACUGUUUAUUUAAUGAUUCAGAUUAAUUGAGAAUAUGGUAAAGUUAAUUUUUUUUUCCAGAUAUGUUAAAGGAAGAUCCAUCCACAAGACCAGCUCUGAUACAGGAGAGGAUACAGGGAACAUAUGGAUACAACAUAACGUACAGGAAGGCCUGGAAGGCAAAAAUGAAGGCCAUCGUUAAGUUGUUUGGUGACUGGGAGAAAUCGUACGCAUUCUUGCCAAAUUGGCUGAAGUAUAUGACGGAGGUGAAUGUGGGUUCUGUGUUCAAACUUGAUACAAAUCAAUGUUUUGAUGAACGUCGGGUUUAUACAGACAGGGCCGUAUUUCAAAGGGUUUUUUGGACAUUUCACCAAUGCAUUGAAGCAUUCAAACACUGCAAGCCUAUAAUUCAAAUU